ACGAGAUUUGUCUAUAAACCGAACAUCAAAGCCAUCGUCUUUUUAAACUACUUUAGAAAAUGGCCUUCAAAAGGUCUCUGUUGCAUUUUAUUUCAUUUUAAAGUCGAAUUAGCAAAAAAAAUAACUUAAGAUUGGAUUAUUUACAUUUUGAAAUCAACGCCUUGAUGGAAAGUCGUGUAUUAUUAAAUUAAAGGGAUUUAAAUAGUUUAUAAACAAAAGAUUCAACAGCCGUCAUAAAAAUAAGGCUGAGUGAUCCGUGCGGUGAAAGGGAUGAAUUUGUGGAUUUGUUCCUCGGAAGGAUACUUUAUGAUGCGGUCAAGGAGAAAUGAUGGGUAUUAAUAUUGUACAAUAUAAUUACAGUGCACAGGAUUACAAUGAGAAAGUACCCGUAUGUCAUCAACGGAUAUGACUGCUCAGUUAUUAUUAUGGUUUUUGGUAAUAAUAAAUAAAAAAGUGGUAAAUUAAGGAGAUAAAAUAUGUGGAUCAGACAUUCGAAAAUAUGUGAAUUUGGUAUUUCCAGAUAAAUUUGGCAUACAGUUGAUGUGUUUUGACUAACAUAAUUGGAUUCAAAAUAGUCAGACAGUGUUAUUAAGUUUUUUGUUUGUAUUUCGUAACAUUCAUCUACAACUUCUCUAUGCAAAUCAGUUAUUAUUGGAAAGUACUAAGUCAUCCUAGAAGAACACUCAUUAAGAGGGCGGAAUCUUUCCGGAAAUGCGUCUAUUUUACAACUGAAAUCAAUUUCAAUGUACGUUUGAUAACGUUAUUUAAAAAACUAGUGCAAAAAAUUUCAAACAGGAUUUUUGACCUUAACAUGCAAGUACAACGAAUAUUGGUACUGUUAUAUUUUUUCCUACUGUUUCCAGCGAAUAUAAUUGGUUUGUGGUGGGCAGUCGGCAGUCCUUUAGUUAUGGACCCCAACAGUAUUUGUAGAAAGAGCAGACGAUUAGCAGGAAAACAGCGGGAAAUUUGCCGGAAGGAGAUAGAAAUUGUAGAGGAAGUAGCUAACGGUGCCAAAAUAGCCUUGGCAGAAUGCCAGUACCAGUUUAGACAUAGAAAAUGGAAUUGUACGACGGCUAAAAGGUCUCUAGAUAGAGUUAUACGACAAGAUACGAGAGAAUCGGCGUUUGUUUAUGGCAUUACAGCAGCUGGAGUUGUAUAUUCAGUAACAGAAGCUUGUAAUAUGGGACAUCUCUUACAAUGCACGUGUGAUAAUCACGUGCAAGAUAUAACAACAGAUGGCGAAUGGGAAUGGGGAGGGUGUGGGGAUAAUGUAGAGUAUGGAUAUAAGAAAAGUAAAGAAUUUAUGGAUGCUCGUAAGAAAAAGCGCCGUGGUGAUCUAACAACAAGAAUUCAACUCCACAAUAAUGACGCUGGAAGAUUGACAGUUAAAAACCAUAUGCGAACGGAAUGCAAGUGUCAUGGACUCUCUGGAUCGUGUACGUUAAAGACUUGCUGGCGAAAAAUGCCAAUUUUCCGUCACGUGGGUAUCAUAUUGAAGCAGAAAUUCGACGGAGCUAUACAAGUUCAAAGUUCAAAUGACGGGAAACGUUUAGAGACCGUAUUAGAUACAUUAAAACCGCCAGCCAAAGCAGAUAUUGUUUAUUCUGAAAAAUCCCCUUUAUUUUGUAAAAGGAAUAGAAAAAUUGGCUCCCUAGGGACUAAAGGUCGGGAGUGUAUUCCCGACUCAAUGGGAGUAGGUGGUUGUGAUUUAUUAUGCUGUCAAAGAGGUUACUCUACGCAUAAAAUGACAAUACGGGAUAACUGUAAAUGUAGAUUUAUUUGGUGUUGUGAUGUGCGUUGUGAGACUUGUAUGCGAGAGAAAACAAUAUACCGUUGUUUAUAGUAAAUUAUUUCUAUUGACGAUUGGAUAUAGCUUCAAGCAUCUUAUAGAAACUUUGUAUGACUAUAAGUGUACCAUUUUGACCUGUCAGAGUUGUUUCUUUUCCAAUAGUGGAAAUCAUUUUAAAAUACACCGGUCGUGAUAUUGGUCACAGAAGUACUUUACCUAUCACGUAAAACAUCUAAAUGAGGAUGUGGUGAAAAAGUUUAAUUUAAACCAAUCGUAUGAAAAGACAAAAUGGCCUCACUAUGUUUUAUGCAUGAAUAGCCAAUCAAAUGACAGACAACAUUGUUGUCAAACAUGAAAUGACAAUUGAUACAAAUUGCUGUAAUUAUUGUUAUGUGUAUAUUUAUAUUAACAAAGUGGAUUCGUUGACAAUUUUUCCUAGUAACAUAUUAUAGUAUUGAAAUAUUUCAUAUAAUGAAGAUUGCAAAAUACUAAAAAACCUAUGUCUUCUUUUUCAAUUUUCGAACAGAAACAAAUAUUUUGCUACUUUUGUUUGUAAUCAUUUAACAGGGGCCAUUUCAGCUGUAUCUGUAAGUGGCCAAAGAGAUAUAUUAUCUAAUGCUUAUGUUUAAUUACAGACGAUAGAAACUUAUUGAACGAAAAAAAUAUUUCAGAACACAUUAAUAAAUGCUUAAAAUUUAAACAUAUAGGGAGAACUAUCCACACAAACCCCAAUCUCCUUCAGACAUAAGUUAAAAGUGUCAACUGGUCUUCAAAUGAAUAAAAUUCUUUAUGCAAUGGAGUACUACUUCUUAAAAGAAAAGAAAAUUGCUACUUAAAUUUUACAUAACACAAUUGACAAUUUGAAUACAACAAUUUUAUGUAUAUCAGUGCAAAAUUCACGAACUUUUGUCGUAGAUAUGAAACCAAUCAUGUCUUUUGAAAAAAUAAAGAAAGAGUCAACAGUACCAAUGAAAACGUGUAGACCAUCCGAGGACAGACUACACUUAUGUCAAUGCAUAUUUUCCUAGUUGGUUUAACAAUUAAUUAUUUCUUUUGGCUGCAUUUUAUUUUGUUAGCAGUUCAAAUCAUUUGUUUUAUAGUGUACUUCGCAACAUGUCUAUAUUUAAAAUGUAAUAUUGUUUAAAAAAUCUGAAAUGUAUAACAUGUUUAACAUCAAUUUUAUUUACAUGUAAAUGUCUGAACUACAGAUCAAUGCAGAUGCAACUUUCCAUAAAGACUCAAAUGCACUGACUGGGGUUAUUUUUUCUAUGAUAUUUUACUUCCCUAUUUGAAUGAAGAUUUAAUGUGUCAGAUAAUACCUUCUAGACUGAAUCCCCUUCCAUUAUGAUUAAUAUAUAGAUGUAUCGUAUAACUAUGACGCGAGUGCGUUUAAUAUUUUACAUAUCAACUGACGAUAUCAGAGACGAUCUUUAAAAUUUAAUGUUUGUAUUUAUGUUCUCAAAAUAUUUCUAUUUGUCCAUUAAAAAUUAAAAACUGAACAUUUUAUGAUUCUAGUUUUUUUUUAAUAUUAUUUAAGCUCAAAAUCAGUAAUUUGCCUGACCAUAAGAAACUUGUCAAUACCAAUUUUUUUAUCAAUACAGAGAGAGUGUGGUUUUGUGUCAAGCGAGAGUGAAAAAAAGUGAUUAAACUUAACAAUUAAAUAAGUUUACCUUUAAAAAUGCUUAGUUGUUUCACAUAUUGUCAUGCCGUGGCCUUAUAUAGUAUAAUUUGUUGUUAGGUUUGGUAAAUUGUUGAAGUCUGUUCGGCGAACAAUGGUGGCUUCAAUCCACGUCCUGUGGUAUAUCAUGGAUAAACAUAUCACUGCUUCAAAUUACAUCUCCUUAUUUUUUAUAUUAAUUUGAGUCAUUCUAAAAUCCUGAUGUGUUUCAUUUUCACUUCUAAAUUUGAAUGCCAAUUUUAUUUUAAAACAAAUGCAUGACAAACAUAAAUAUUAUUAAUAAAUUUACAUUUGGUGCCUAACAAUAACGCCGGUGUUUGAAAAUUGUAUUUGCCUUUAAGUGAUUGAAUGGAUCGUCUAAUUUUGUGGAAUAUUUCGUCUGCAUUUAUCUGUAGAUUUUUUAUGAAAUUGUGAUGAUGUGAUGAUAAGUCUUCCAGCUUUUAUACUUGUAAUUUAAUAAUUAGGUGAGUUUUAUUUGUUUGUACAGUAUUUUUGUAAAAAUAUGGAUAUUUCUAAAAAGCUACAAAACUGUAAAUGUUCAUAUGUGCAUUGUUUAGGUCCAUUAAAAUCUUAUUUUUUUCAAAUCUUA